ACUCACCACUUCAGCCCUGCACUGCCCAGAGGAGUCUGACACACUUCACUGGUGAAGGAGACAGAGCGAGGAAGAAGAUGUCGGCUGUAGCUGAAGACCUGGAGGCCGAGCUGAGCUGCGCCGUGUGUUUGGACGUUUAUAAAGACCCACGGCUGCUGACCUGCGGCCACAACUUCUGCCACGCCUGCCUGCUCAAAGUGUGGGAGAACCAGGGCGCCAACAUGCAGAGAUAUUCGUGCCCAGAGUGUCGCACUGUGUUUGAAGACUAUCCUGCCGCUCAGAGAAACAUCAAGCUGUCCAACAUCAUUGAACGCAUCCAGGCCAGCAGAGAACCGCCGUCCGAGGACAGCGUAGCUGGACCAGUGCAGCGAAGCGCCGGAGAUGCUAAGUGUGUGCUAAUGAGGACAGAAGUGUGCGCUAAUCACGGGAAGCCCUGGGAGUUUUUCUGCAAGGAGCACAAGGCCUGUCUCUGCACAUCCUGCCUGGAGGAGCACAAAACCCACCAGUACCAGCCGCUGGAGGACGCUAAAGCUGUUAGCAUGGACGUUCUGAAAGAAAACAUCAGGAACCUGGAGGAUUCACAGAAGCAAAUGCAGACCAAUGCGGAAUGGCUGCAGGCUGCUAGCUCACGGCUAACCAGUGAUCGUGCUAACCUGAGGGAGCAGGUGAUACAGCUGUUUAAUGACAUACAAGAGACUCUCAAUGUUGAGAAGGAGACCGUUUUAGCUCUAGUUGACAACGAGAGGGAAACGUCUCUCACACAUUUAGAGUCUCGCACCAGGGAGGUGGAGAAGAAGAGAGAGGAGUUAGCACGGCUAAUCACGGAGGCUAACGGACUGGUGGAAAAAGAGAUAUCCAGCAAAGACUUCAUGGACCGUUUCGAUGGGGUGCUGGAAAGGAUGCUAAAUGCAGAUAAACGCGCCACACUAUGCCGUGUGGAGAAGCGGGAGCUGGACAGGACUAUUACUGGUCAGCUAAAGCAACAUGGUCAAGCUGCUGUGAGGAAUCUUAGCAAAGGGAUACGUGAAAAACUAAGGCAGGAGAAAAGCACGCUAAUGGAGCCUCCACGGUUGACACCGCAGAAAACAAUCAGUUCCACCACUUCAAAGCCUUCUGUGCUACCAAAACCAGUCCGUUCCCCCACUCUGAAACCUUCCACCCAUUUCACCUUGGAUCCAAACACGGCCCACUGUAACAUUAGCAUAUCUGACGACCUUUUAUCUGCCCAGUGGGUGGCCCGUCCUUUGCCCCAUCCGGCUCAUCCGGAGCGUUUCCGGCUGCACCCGCAGGUGCUGUGUGGUCAGGGUCUGUCCAGAGGAGAGCACGCUUGGCAGGUGGAGGUGGGCGGGACUCGCAGGUGGGAGGUGGGGGUCACCUGUAAGAGCCGUGACCAGGCCUGGGUGGACUCCUGCAUCAGCUGGGCUCUGCGCUGGGAUGGCCGCCAGCUCCAGGCGUUCGAGGGACACAAGCGUUACUCCAACCCCAAACUCAGCACCAUAAAGCAAGCCCCAGUGCUCAUACAGGUCCACCUGGACUGUGGGCAGAAAACGCUGAGUUUCCUCACCGCAGAGGAGGGUCUCCUGCACAGAUUCAGUAUAAAAGCCUCAGGACCCGUCUUUCCAGGCUUCUAUUUGGAGGAAUCCGCCCCGCGCGGACACGAGCAGGACCGCAGGCGGCGCGAGCUCCCGGCAGCGCGAGCGCUUAUUAUUUUCUGCAUGAACAGUGACCCUGAACAGCAGCGGGAUAAACCCUGCAGGCCUGUAGGAGUCGCAUUAGGGUGA